AACUGUCUGAAGGAAAGCAUGAAAGUAGGACUUGUCUAUCUCCAGAUGGUGGCAGUGGUGCAACUCUUCAGGGUGCAAGUUGCUCUUCUAGCUCAAAGAAGAAGAAGAACAACAACAGGGCCGAAGAAGAAGAAGAGCAGCAGUGGUGUUGUGUCUCAGCGGCUCCAGACUUCCAGACAAUUUUCAUCAGAGACUUAAUUAAACAACCGGAACCACAACAUUUCAGCGGGUUGUCCGUUUGGAAAGAAUCGUGACUGUUCAGCGGAACUCGAGAGACCAGUUUACUCAGUCCAGAGGAGACCAGUUCAACAUGGACGCCCAGCAAGGAGCUCCGGGACUCUCUGGUGGACAUGUACAGAGCUAAUCCAAGAGUGAAUGUGGAGCUGCGACAGCGACUGCCCUCACCUGCACCACAGCAACCCAGCAACUUGACACAGCAACUCAGCAACUCAAUACAGCAACUGUGCAGCCCUGACAGAUCUGGGACCAGCCUGAGCCUGGAUCACACCGACUGGCCCCAGGCCCCUCAUCACCUCCCAGAGCCUCCUUCCUCCUGCUCCCCCUCUCCUUUGUUCCACAGGAGAUCUGCCUCUCCUGUCUCACCCGUCUUCCACAGGAGGUCUGUCUCUCCUGUCUCACCCGUCAUCCACAGGAGAUCUGCCUCUCCUGUCUCACCCGUCUUCCACAGGAGGUCUGCCUCUCCUGUCUCACCCGUCAUCCACAGGAGAUCUGCCUCUCCUGUCUCACCCGUCUUCCACAGGAGGUCCGUCUCUCCUUUGUCCUCCAGACCUCCAGGAGGUGCAGGGCAGGUGGAGAUGGAGCUUUCACCCAGCCGAGGCCCUUCUCCUCGGGGAGACAGCUGUGGAGACGGCCCUGACGGAGGACGAGCAUCCAGAGGUCCUGGUAGCCCCGCCCUCAGACGACACCUGGUCAGCCCUGAUGACAGCUCUCAUCAGGAAGUCACGUUUGGUCCGAGCACAGCGUCAAGUCGAGGUCCGACGUUUGAUCGAGACAAAAACAUCUCGUUUUUACUGAAGGAGCUCGACGCACUCAGAGACAUGAACAAGAAGCUCCAGGAUGAGCUGGUCCAGAAGGAGAAGGAGCUGCAGAGGAGGGAGGUGGAGGAGGAGCUGAGGGAGGAGCAGAGGGAGGCCAGAGACUGGGAGAGACCUGCAGCGGUGUUGGAGGAGGUGUUAGCUGCUCAGAAGGACAGAGAUCAGGCUCUGAUGUCACGACUUCUGCUGGCCAAUGAAGAGAGAGAUGAGGCUCUUCUUCGUGCACGCCAACUGCAGCAGGCCGCUGAGCUGGACGGAGUUCACCUGGAGGACACUGACAUGGACGUGGACGAGCUCCUUCGGUGUAUUUGCGACGCCGACUCUGUCCAGGAAGUUGAACAGUUUGGUUCAGUUCUGGUUCAGCGUUUGCGGUUGGCGAGGCAACGGAGAAGUGACAUCACCGCUCAGGAGAUGAAGGCCGUGAUGGAGGAGAGAGACACCUCAGUCGCCAAGUGUAAACGUCUGGAACAGGAAGUGAUCCAGGAGCGAGAGCAGAGGCUGAGUGAGGUGGAUCAGCUGAGACUUCAGAGAGAGAGGGGCGGAGCUCUGGAGGACCGUUCACAGAUGGAGGCGGAGCUACAGGUGCUACGAGCCAGCCACAGGUCAGACUGUUGA